GCGUUGUUUCUACCGUCGGUGUCACUCACAGCCGUAAACAAUUAACACCGUUCAAACAAACAAUUCGCAAUGUCCCAGAGGUUCCAAGGUGCAGGCCCCCCGCCGGGGCCGGGCGGGCCGCCGAACCAGCGCUACCCCCAGCCCCAGAACCCGCAAAUGAGGCCGUACACACCCCAAAACUUUCCGCAAAGAACGCAGUACAAUCCGCCGCCCCCCAAUAUGGCGUCGAGCGGCGGCACCAUGAUCCAGCGCCAGCCCCAACCCCAGUACUCGCCGAUGAGGCCGAUGCCUCCGCAACCGGUUAAGAGGCCGGCCGACAGCCGAGGCCAAAUGCAGGGCCCCAAAACUGAGUACGGACACAGCACUAGUAAGAAAAAGAAGAAGUUGGCGGACAAAAUCCUGCCCCAGAAGGUCAGGGAUUUGGUGCCCGAAAGCCAGGCCUACAUGGACCUGUUGGCGUUCGAGCGCAAACUGGACGCCACCAUCAUGAGGAAACGUCUGGACAUCCAGGAAGCCUUGAAGCGCCCGAUGAAACAGAAGCGGAAGCUGAGGAUCUUCAUUUCGAAUACUUUUUAUCCGGCGAAGGAGGCUUGCGCGGAUGGCCCAGAAGGCCCUGGGCAAGAAGGUUCUGUGGCGUCUUGGGAGCUGCGUGUCGAGGGCAGACUGUUGGACGACAACAAAAACGACCCCAAUAAAGUCAAGCGCAAGUUCUCGUCGUUCUUCAAGUCCCUAGUCAUCGAGCUGGACAAGGAGCUGUACGGGCCCGACAAUCAUUUGGUGGAGUGGCACCGCACUUUGACGACGCAAGAAACCGACGGUUUUCAAGUCAAAAGACCCGGAGAUAAGAACGUGCGCUGCACGAUUCUGCUGCUGUUGGACUACCAGCCCUUGCAGUUCAAGCUGGACCCACGUCUGGCCAGACUGUUGGGCGUCCACACUCAAACCAGGCCUGUUAUCAUUUCAGCCUUGUGGCAGUAUAUUAAAACGCAUCGCUUGCAGGACGCGCACGAAAGGGAAUAUAUUGUUUGUGACAAGUAUCUGGAGCAGAUUUUCUCCUGCAGCAGGAUGAAAUUUGCCGAGAUACCUUCGAGGUUGAAUCCCCUGCUCCAUCCUCCAGAUCCGAUCGUUAUCAAUCACGUUAUUUCCGUCGAAGGGGGGGCGGAAAGCAAACAAACUGCUUGUUACGAUAUUGAUGUUGAGGUGGACGAUACGUUAAAAACGCAGAUGAAUAACUUCUUGUUGAGCACAGCAAGCCAGCAAGAAAUACAAGGUCUAGACGCAAAAAUACAUGAAACAGUGGACACGAUAAAUCAGCUGAAAACAAACAGGGAAUUCUUCCUUAGUUUUGCCAAGGAUCCACAACAGUUCAUACAUAAAUGGAUUGUGUCACAAACACGCGACCUAAAGUCCAUGGCUGAUGUUGUGGGUAAUCCGGAGGAGGAGCGCAGAUCUGACUUCUUCUACCAACCUUGGGCUCAAGAGGCUGUUUGUCGUUAUUUCUACACGAAAGUCCAGCAAAAACGGGCCGAACUGGAACAGGCCUUAGGUUUUAGGAAUAACUAGUUUUACAAUUAUUUUAACAGGAAAGUUUGGUGAAUCUUUUAUAUUCAAAUCCAUUGAAUAAAUUUAAGGAAAACUUGA